AUGUUAAUUUGUUCGUUUUAUGAUUAUUUCUAUCCUGUUACUUGUGGAAAGACUAAUAAUCGAAGUAAGGGAAGGUGCCACAAAGAACCCUCUGGAUUUGAGGGGCCCUGGAAAACCAACCCCCUAGUAUUUGAUAACUCUUGCUUCAAAGAGCUUCUAAAUGGGGAGAAUGAAAGCUUAAUCCAACUCCUAACUGAUAAGACACUCUCGACUAAUCCUGUUCUUCGUCCCCUAACUGAAAACUAUGCAGCGGUAGCAGCAGAGAAGCCAAAUCCAACAAUACUUUUGAAGGCUUGGGAGUUACUAGAGGUCAAACCUGAGGAUGCUCUACAUAUUGGGGAUGAUCGUGGGAAUGAUCUUUGGAGUGCUAGAGAUGCAGGUUGUGAUGCUUCGCUGUGGGGAAGUUAUGUUAACUCUUCCAAGGAGGCAAUAACUAGUUUUCCGCAGCCUUUUGACAAAAGUGAAUCAGUUCCCAAAAUGAUCAAACUGAAAGCGAAAGAUUACCACCCUGUUCAAUCUCAAAACAUGGAUCUUGCAACAAAUAGGAAGUCGCAUGUGAACCAAGGACACAGCACAUUGAUGCUCUGCUUGAUAUCAUUUGUGAAGUAUUGUCAUAGGAGGAGAUGAAUUAUCAUUUUGUUUUUUUAUUAGUUUAUUAGUUUAGCAUGUUGUUGUCAGAACUUAGAAAUCUUGGGCAUGUAUUAUCUGAACUCAGUAUUUCAUUUUUUUUGUGUAGUUUUACACCCUAUGGAAUGAAUGUUAAAAUUCUCAGUUAAAUUUGAGGUUGCAUUUGAAUUUCAGCUUGACUGUA